UCUAUGUCCAUCCGGUUCUGUGAUCUCCGCUCCCCUCCUCGGUCGGCUGCUCUCGUUCACCCUCCAUCUCGCUAACGGAAUUAUUUUUUUAUUUCCUUCGAAAACAUCAAACUAUAUUCAUUAUUUCUUUAUAAAUAGUGUACAGUCAUGGCUUUGAGAAACGUGUUGCAACAAGCUGUUAGAUCGAGCUCAAGUUCGCUUACUGCCGCCCACGUAGCACGAGCCUAUUCUAACGGCAGAUAUGUUAAUCACAUUGAGUUGCUUGGAAGAGUUGGCACCGAACCAAGGAAAAUUGGCGCAAAUGAGGCAGUUGCAUUUCCUCUGUAUACCGAAUCAAGUGUGAGACUGAAGGAUGGCUCUACUAAAAUAUAUUCAUGCUGGCACAAAGUUCUUUUUGUCAAGAAAACUUUGGGUGACCUUGUGUUCAACAAUGUAGACAGAGGGCAGCGUGUGUACAUCACUGGUCGUGUAGCGUACAAAGCUGCAGAAAGCACGGAAGAUGGAAAACAGUUCCAUUCUAAUCAGGCUGCUAUUAUUGCAGAACAAAUUGUCUUCCUAGAGAAGAGUAGAAAGACAGGAGAGGAACCAAAAGAACAAACGAAAGAGAGCUUAGCUGGAUAGAAAUGUUUUAAUGAAUGUUGUUGGUGUGUGCUAAGCAUAAGUAGUCACUUUGGCUUUCAUCUUUUUAUUGAAACUUUGAAUGUAGUUGGUUCUUUCAUGGCAACUUACUGUGUAAGAAGUGCUGAAUAGUAUUCAGAACCAAAGAACGUAUGUCAUGAAAUCUUACUUAUACAUGGAUGAUAUUUGCCAUCAGUAAGCUGAAGUCUAUCCUGUCUUUUGUUUUGUUCUUACUGAACUUAGCUGUACAGCAGGGACCGUGAAUGAUUGUAUCGUGUGUAUUGUUUGUAAUAAAUUGUUCGUAAAGAAGUC